CCUGUUAUUCAUCGCUUGUGAUAUACUGUAGGUGUGAUGACCUGGCGGUCGAUUUCGUUGCUUGGAUAGCGUUGUAAGAGUAGCUUUGUUCCAUCAUUAUGAUUGUUACAUGAGGGCAAACAUGCUGCUUUGUGGUUUAAAGAGCUGCUACAUAGCUAAUGUUAAGCAAACUCAGGGUAUUUGGAGCGAAGUAGAAUGACCUUUCCGUGUGUAGAGCAAACGCUGCUAUGCGGGGAUACACUGCAUUGAAGUGCGCUACUAAGAAACUGAGAAAAGGCUCGAACCUGUUUUUUCUUUCACUUUCCCUCAUAAACCUCGUGGCAACAAAAAUCAUAAUGUCGAAAAGAAAGCAUCUUUACGAAGACGUCAUAAACUCGGCAGCCAAACGUUUUCACCGGAAUGGUGAAGCUGAGCAAAACAGUUUUCGCGUAUUACCAGCUCAUCGAUACAGUGGACGCUGCCCUGAGUACAGACAACCUAUUGAGGUCAAUUCUUACAGCAUCGAUGCUGAUCGCAGGGUUUGGUUCGACGACAGAGAGCUUAAAUAUUAUGCAGCACCGCGAUUAACUUCCACGACUCCUUCGCUUUCGUACAACUAUGAUCGUUUUGUUCAACGCGACGAAACUAUACCGGAACAUAUUGAUACGCUUUUGGAUGCUUUGACUGACGCCAAAUCAAAAAGUACUGUUGAUGACACACAAGCUGAUAUUGUAACUUGGCGAGGUAUUAUGACCAAGCUCUUCUGUACACCUUUUUCGCGUAACGAGCCUUGGGAAUUGCGAGUGACGCGAUCAAAGGGUACGAUUUAUAUCGAGGAACAACAGACAGAGCAAAAACGCCAGCGCGAAGCAACGACGGAUGAUCGACAGCGGCUUAUGAGCUAUUGGGGAUAUCAAUUUGAAGCAAUGUGCACAUCAACAGAUCCAAAAGGGGAGGCUCCCAUAGUAAACGAAGACAUGGAACCACCGAAUACCAAUGUACAAUAUUGCGUGAUCGUACGGACUAGACUUGGCGGAAACUCUAUUAUUAUGGGCGCCGAGGUGGAUUGUAUUGAAGGAUUGAAACCGUCCAAGGAAGAACGAAAUCCUUUGAAGCAAUACAUUGAGCUUAAAACAUCAAGACGCAUUGAUGUCGAAAGGCAGCAGAUAUCCUUUGAAAAAUACAAGCUACUCAAAUUCUGGGCACAAUCUUUCCUUGUUGGAGUACCUAGAGUGGUAUGCGGUUUUCGCGACGAUAAUGGAGUCAUUAGUCAUCUUGAGACUUUAAAAACUCUUGAGAUUCCUCGCAAAGUGCGGGGAAAACCGAACAUGUGGGAUCCAUCCGUGUGUAUGAAUUUCACGGACCAGUUCCUGAAUUGGCUGAAAUCUGUAGUGACCGUGGAUGAUCCUUCAGUGACUUAUUCGGUUGCUUGGAAGGAGCCCUGGCGUGAAAUUUUCAUCGAAUGUAAUGGCAAAAAAGACGCGUUCUUGACCCAGCGAUAUCUGGAUGGCACAAUGAGUAAUGAUAUUGGAGGUCCAAGAGCAUCGUGAUGUCCUUUAACCAUAAAAACUGAUAUAUCGGUUUUUUGCGUGACUUUGGGAGGAGCUUUCUGUAUAUAAAUAGAUAAAGAGGGAUGAUUCGGAUGUAUUGACAGCCAAAUUCGGUCCACUAAACUCUAUUAUGUCCGAGAACAAUAAAGACUUACAGGAAGAAGAGUAUAUGGCCUUAGAAGCCAUUUACGGGCCGGACGUUGUUAAGAAAGAAAACGAAUCGUCGGACGACGCAUAUAUUGUGACAAUCAACCUCGACGA